CUCAACGCCCCAACCGCAAAUGGUGAUGUCCGAGCUGUGCCAGUUCCGUCCCAUUGAAAACGACACUCGCAGAAUUUUGAUCUAGAUUAUUAUUUCUUUUCUGACAAUAAGAAGCUGAAUUUUUCAGCAAAUUGAAGUGCUCUUUCUUCCAAGCAACCUAAUUCUUAGAACGUAAUCCGCUUCAAUCCAAAACCUUGCAGAAGUGAACUCCAAGCCUCCACACCAUAAAUUACCAAAGCCACUCUUAUUUCCCAAUUCACAUAUAUAAAUCCGACGAUCGAGGAGCCACUGAGCUCCAAAGCAACAUCAAAUAUGAACCCCUCUCUUCUCUUUCACCUUACGCUUUCAGUUUCCGGUUUCUUCGCAGCCACCCUCGCCGGCGCCGACAACCUCCAGGACGUGUGUCCGACAGCGCUGCCGAACCCCGGUCGGCAACCCCUCUUCAUAAAUGGCUUCCCUUGCAAGAACCCCGCCGACGUCGCCGCCUCCGACUUCAAAACCAAUAAACUGAACCUGCCCGGCGAUAUGGACCCGCGCAUCCGGUCGGCGGUGUCAAUGUCGACCGCCGCCGACUUCCCCGGGCUGAACACCCUGGGGAUCUCGGUGGCCAGAACCGACGUGGCGGCAGGCGGCAUCGUUCUGCCCCACUACCACCCCAGGGCUUCGGAGAUGAUGUUCGUGAGCAAAGGUUCGGUGCGGGUGGGGUUCGUGGACUCCGGAGGGCAGGCCUUCGGGAAAUUGGUAAGGGAAGGGGAGGUGUUCGUAUUCCCGCGGGGGUUGAUUCACUACUGCUACAAUGGUGACAACGAGGCGGUGACGGCCUUCUCUGUGCUCAACAGCCAGAACCCUGGCGUGUACGACAUCCUGGGCGGGGCCUUUGGGUUUGGGGCAGGCCUGCAGGAGGAGGAAGACAUCAAGAGGAUGAUGAUGAACCUAUCCAUGGGUUCUAACCUAAAUGAGACCGCGGCUGGGUUUUAGGCCCGCUCUGCUACUAGGGUUUAAGCGGGGGUAAAAUGGAAAAUUUAACGGGUUUGCAACUGUCACAAUGUCAGCACGAUGCCAUGCACUAUGGAUGCAACUUUUGACUUUUUUUAUUAUAUGAACAGAUGAAAUUUCUAUAUUUGAAUUUGAAUUUAUAUAAUGUAUUUGUAUUUAAAUUUGAAUUUGUAUAAUAUAUUUGUAUUUGAAUUUGAAUUUGUAUAAUAUAUUUGUAUUUUUAUUUAAAUUUG